UGGACAGCGCCGGGAGAAUGGCCGCGUGCCCCUCCUCUGCGGCCGGAAUGCGGCUCUGAGCUCUGGCCGGUGCAGCUUGGCCGGGCUGCGCAGGAUGCUCGCGCGCGCCCAGCCACGCUGGCCUCCAAGUUCCUGCACCGAGACAUACUCAGAACUGCUGGGGCAUCCGUGAUGAGGUGAAUGAAAUCGAAAUCGCCCUCCCCUGCCUCUCCAUCCAUUCCUGGAAGCUGUGCUGGUUUAUGCUUUCAAGUGAGACACGGGGAAAGUCCCAAGACCCAACUUGCCUUUGACCAGAAUGGUCCUCGACAGAAACAGUACCAGAGAAGAAGGGGCCAGGAACUAGACAUUUCAGUGAUUCCUAAGAGAUAGAAUCAUCAUUUUUGAUCAAUAGACCAAGCCCAGAACCUGAUAGUGUGGAAUACUGAUGGCUCUUCUACACGGAUUUCCUCUUAGCAUCUAAUUUGUGGCUGCGCUUACCAGCCAGAGGGUCUUUUAGCCAUCCAAAAAUGGCUCUGCCGAAGAUGAGGCUCCUGUAUACCUGCCUGCUGGGCAUAGGGGUGCUCUGUCUGUACUUCAGCAUGGAAGCUUUUAAAGAAGGGAAAUUUAUUUUUAAGAAAAAUUAUGAGCAGUUCCUUCAGAUCCCAGAUAUUGACUGCAAGAGACAUUCUCCUUUUCUUGUUCUGCUGGUGACAUCUUCUCCACAGCAGGUGGCAGCUCGCAUGGCCAUCCGGAAGACAUGGGGCCAAGCGCAAGAGGUGAGAGGACAGAGGGUAAGAACUUUCUUCCUCCUGGGGACCAGGAACAGCAAGGAAGAGAUGAUGGUGGUGGCCCAGGAGAGCAAGACACAUGGGGACAUCAUCCAGAAGAAUUUCAAGGAUGUCUAUUUCAACUUGACCCUGAAGACCAUGAUGGGCAUGGAAUGGGUCCACCGCUUUUGUCCUCAAGCAGCUUUUGUGAUGAAAACAGACACGGAUAUGUUUAUAAAUGUCCCUUAUCUGACAGAACUCCUACUGAAGAAAAACAGAACAGCAGGGUUUUUCACAGGUUACUUAAAACUGAAGGAGCUUCCAAUCAGAAGCAAGUUAAGUAAGUGGUAUGUGAGCCAUUCUGAAUAUCCAUGGAGCAAGUACCCACCCUUCUGCUCUGGUACUGCCUAUGUCUUCUCCAGCGAUGUUGCGAGUCGGGUGUACAACAUCUCCGACAGCAUCCCAUUCAUCAAACUGGAAGACGUGUUUGUAGGGCUCUGCCUGGCCAAGCUGGGCAUCCUGCCGGAGGAGCUCCACUCCCAGCAGACCUUCUUCCCCGAGGGGCUGCACUUCUCCACCUGCCGCUUUAAGAAGGUGGUGGCUUGCCACUUUGUUAAGCCCCAGGAGUUGCUCACCUACUGGCAAGCACUGCAGGAUUCCAAGGAGGGAGACUGUAAGGGGGUCUGAGUAAGGCCCAGGGCACUUCAGGUAACCCACGGGAUAUUCUGGGGAAAACCUGGCUGGCAUCGCUGGGCAGCAUGGGAGCCAGACAGUAAGGAUGCUCCUCUGCACUCAGGACCCAGAUGCAGCGAAUGAACAAGCUUAGAUGCAGCCACCCUAGCUUCCUACCCGCACCCUGGCACCAAUGGCUCUCAAGCCCCAUGCAUGGUGCUGUGUGCUAGACACACACAUUCGUUUGCUCACUUCAGGGCUCAUAUCUGUAUAAAGCCAUGGAUGCUGUCAUUCUCCCUUUCAGAUAAGGAAAAAGCAGCCAAAGAAGUGCAGCCACUCAUCCCAGGACUCGCAGCCAUCAGAACUCCAUGCAAAAUUGAAAAUCUGACUGUCAGCCCCCAGCUCAACCCUCUAGCCCCUAGGAGAGGAUGGUGGUGACAGACUCAAGGGAAGCCUCGCAGCUGGCCUCCCAGUCUGUUUUCAGAGUCCCCCACAGCCCAGCUGCCACUCUGAGCCUCUUUAGUGCCAAGCCCAGGACCAGACACUCCCCACAGGGGUGAUACAGCUGGGUGCCGAGUCCCAGUUCGCAGCUCUGUGCUGCACUGCCCUCCCACAGCAUGUCUCAGAAGACCUGCUUGCCUGCAGUCGUUGUCACUGCCUUUGGCUCCAGAUGCAUCAGUCACAUCAUGUGUCAGGCUCAGAAGCUGCUACCAAGCAUGGCCUGUGACCACACUGCUGACUUCCCCAUGAGCCCCUGGUCUCCAGCUGCUGGGAUACCGGUCUCCAAGCAGCUCAUGUCCUUCGUCUUGCAUUGAUGGAGACUGACUGAUGGCUUUGGGUCUGUGAGCUCAAACUAAACUGAAGUGCAGCUGGGCACCAGGCACCCUCUACACAGCUUUUGGGGCUUUUUGGGGUUCCUUUGGGUUCUAUGUUGAGUGGUUCUCAGGGACCUCUUGGGCACAAAGCACCCAUGGACCCAGAGUCAGGGCUGGCUCCCUGUGCAUCUGUCCCAAGCCUGACCCCACUCAUGUGCUGAGCUUGUUGGAUGGCCAAGGAGCGACCGAGGGCCCUGGUCUGGAGUUUAGCUUUGCAUUUGCUCUGCUUGGAGGUUUGUGUGAGCCUAUUUCUCAAGGCUGUGUGCAAGGUCCUGAAGCCUUUUAACCACUAUCACAAGGUAAUCUUGCUCUGAAUCCUAGGAAUGAUCCAGUUGGGAGCAGAUGCCAUCCUCUAGUACUAAACUGAAGAGCUUUCUACAUGUUAUCUCUUCAGGGGAGGCUGCCACCAGAACCCCUGGUGUCAGGAUGAGGAAAUUGAGGCAGAGGGCAAGGUAGAGCAACUAGUACAAGGUUCUGUAAACAAAAAGUAACAGAAGUGCUUGUCAUAAUCUGAGCUGGGCUCCCAAGGUCCUAGUGUUCCCAGACCUGUGGGACUCAUGACACCAGCUGCUCCAACUGCACUUGGGAAUUUUUUCCAAGUCGCCAAGCCACGACACCCACCUCAGACUCUGCAGAGGAGCCCCUUGGGGUUUGGACUAGAUUCCCAGCUCCUCUUAUUGCCCUGAGGUCAGAAUCCCUGCACUGUCCUCCCUUGUUCCCCCCACCUAGUGUCCCCUCCACAGGUCACCCCUCAGCACACAACAAGCUGCUAUUUCCAUCUAAAAAUAAUCUCCCAUCCCCCACCACCCCUUGACGCCUUCUCCUCUGCCCAGCCCUUUCUGAUUCCUUGUGGUGAAGCCUGCCUGCCAGCGGCAUCAUGGUCUGAGUCCCAUGCAGGGCCCAAGCUCCACCCAGAUGUCUCCUCAACAGGCAGUGGCCUUGCUUUGCUGGUACCCUGGGAAGUUCCUGGUCCUCAGAAUGAUGUUUCUCCCUGAUGCGCUCUUGCCCUAGCUCUAGGACCCUGCGUGCCCUUAGCCUUCCUCCUCCUGGCCACUGGCACCUUUGCUGGUUCCUUCUCUUCUGUGACCACCUGGCCUGGUAUCCCUGGGCUCAGCCUAUACCUGGUCUGCUCCCUCACAGUCCUCAGGGCCUUCCCCCAUGCCCUGGAUCUCCAUGUCCUCCUGUGUUCAUGGUACCCAUUGGUCUCAGCUGGAAUGUCGUCUUGUUCUUCAGUUGCCCCUGUGCUGCUGGCUACUUGAUGUCGCCUGAUAAACAAAUCCUAUGCUGAACUUUGGGUUUACCCCACUCACCCAUACCUGCAGCUUCCCUGUGCCACAGCAUGGCCCCUCCAGCCUUCCAUGGAGCCAACACAGGACAGGCCACUGUCUCUACCUUCAAUCAUAUCACCCCACACUUGCCACAGUUCCAGCAUCACCCUGAGCCCCCGACUCCCUGGUCUCUGUGUCUCAGCUCAGCAGCUCGCUAACCUCUCCUGCUGGUGCCCAGAGGCUCUUGGAGCUACAGUCUGAAGCCAAACUCCAGACCUUUCCCUCUGGAACACAGCUUUUUCUGAUCCAGAGUCUCAGAAAUGUCACCACCAUCCAUCCAUCCCUUCAGCUCCACAGGUCAGGAUCAUCCUUGUGACCAGUUCCUGUUGGUUUCUACUUUGUCCAGGCCUCCACCUUGGUUCAGCCUGACUCAUCAAGCUCCUCUGACCAGGCCCUUGGCACUGUCACUCCAUCUUCCAGUCUGUCCUCUUUACCGCCAGAUAGUUGUUAAAACAGGAAGUCAGAUUAAGAAACCAAAAGACCCAGGGAAGCCAAGUGGCCUGUCCCCAGGUUCCCUGUCCCUAGAGUACUAUUUCCUGGCUUGGGAUCACCAAGCAGGGAUGCCACCUCCCUGCAGGCUUCAGGAGGGUGCUCCGUGGCCAAGAGCAGCAGUUUCCAGUGUCCUGGCCUAUUGGAUGAGCUUCACUGUGACUCACUCACAGUGCCCACUGUGGCCACCUGGGCCAUCUGCCUGGCAAUACUGGACUCCCACUGGGCACGCAGCACUAUUGCAGUUAUUUGAAAGGGCUGGCACACAGCUGAAAUGGGUUUUCAAGCAAAAUUAAUUUUCAUGCCAGUUUUUUAUUCCCCUGAGGAUGGUUAUUUUUGUGCAGAGAAAUUAUGCACUUGUUUACUUUGUUUUUUAGAAUUUUUUUUUUCAGGCUUUAAACUUGAGCUAGCAGAAUAGGUGGGAGGGGCCCUAGGUGUGCAUUACAAACAUGAGGGUGCACGCACUCAGCAUGUGGCAGCCCUGGUGGCCGUAGAUCAGAGUGUGGGUGCAGCCUGUUCUCACAGCCUCACAGGGUUCAUGCAGAGCAGUCCUUGCAGUGCCUCCAGAAAAGACAGCUGCACCCCAAGGGGGAAGCUGAGUGCAAAGCCUGUCUUUGUCAGUUUUCUGUUGCUAUAACCAAACAUAGUAGCUAAGUAGUUUAUAAAGAAUAGAAGUUUACUUGGCUCAUGGUUCUAGAAGCAACCCCAGAUCUUUCCAUUUUUUAAAAUUUGAGACAGAGUCUUGCUAAGUCCCGAACUCCCAGGCUGGACUCCCACUGCUUUUCUCCUUCUGUGGCCUUCUGGAAGGUCACAGGCGCACACCACUCCUGGUUUCUCCUCUUCAUCUCAUAAAACCACUAAUACUAGUGUCAGGACAUCACCUUUAGGACCUCAUCAAAGCCUAAUCACUCAGGGUCUCCUCCAGAUGCCAUCAGAAUAUGACUUAUGGGGUUUCAGAGUGGCGCUUGCAAGGUCUCCUUGGUCUUCCCCUCUGCUCUAGUAGUCGCACACUUACUACUGGACAAGGAAUAGUUCUGCAGGAAUGGUCCUCAGGCACGUUGUUCAGAGACCUUCCCCCACUCUCAGAUUCAGGAGGAACGCUUAGAAACUUGAAAUUGGCUUGAAAUAAAGCAAAUCACAUCCAACAUCUAUUAAGCAGAUAUUUGUUCUCCACAUGCAAAAACCGCACAUCACAGUCCUCGCCGUCAUUCAGCCUGGGUACAAUUUGGAAAGAAAAAAGCCAGCCUGCAGUGACUCUCCUGAGCUCCUGUGCUAAGAGCCCACGGCUCUGUGAUAGGUUAAAUUAUUCACCAGCCUGAUUUAAUAUGACAGCUGCCAUGCAUCGUGUUAAAAAUAGAUGAGAUGAGGUUUACAUUUGCUCCAUGUCUCUCAUCUGGAUGUAUUUUUUUUUUUAUUAAGAAUUAAUUUCCAGCUCUUUUCACAGUGGCAUGGAAUUUUAGUCACUUCUAGGCUGUUAUUUCCCAGGGCUGUCUGCCUCUCCGGGCAUCUGUCCGGGGGCCUGCCAGUGAGGACCAAGUUGCUGUCAUCUCCUAGGUCCUUGGGUGUCUGCACAUACACAACAGCUUCCCUCUGUGACAGUGGCCAGCCAGCAGUGCCAUAAAAGGUCCCUUUUAACACUGGUCCGUGAACCCUGUAGGAUUCAUUGUUGUCACUGUUUGCUUUUAUCUCUGUUUGGUUCUGUGUGGCACAAACCUGUCUGUGGCCAUCAGGAAAGGGCACCAUUAGGUGUGAUGGGAAUAAACUCGUGAUGAGGUCUCUCCUGUGGGAAAGGCUUCUCUGUCCUCCGUGGGGAAAGUACAGGUUUGUGGCUGUGGCUGCUGGGAAUUUAGAAACACGAAUUUCUCUUCACUUUUCUGUUUUUGAAGUCUAGGUCCCACAAUGGGACUCUCAGAGGUGCCCUCAGAUCAGCCCUGAAGGAGAAGAGUAGAACUGUCAUCCCCAGCAUGACAAGGACAAGAGCCAUGCUGGGGUACAUCUAAACAAAGCAUUAGUUUUACAUUCAUUUGAAAAACUGGACACUUGCCAGACAUGGUACAUACACGCCUACAAUUCCAGCAUUUGGGAGAUUGAGAUAGGAGGAUCGCCAUGAGUUCGUGGCAAGCCUGGGAUACAUAGUGAGAUAAAAGCCAGCCUGAACUAUAUAGUGAGACCAUGUCACAAAAAACAAAAAACACCCAGACACUGCUCGUCAGACAUAAUCAGUUGCUUUUAAAUAAAGUGGAAAGAACUAGGGGUGAAGUCCACUGGUGGAAUGUUUGUCUAGCAUGGAUGAAGCAAAUUUAAAAAGUAAAUAAAUAGAAGUAGGAAAAUUGGUUUCAUUGCCAAAGGUGGAAGUAGUAGUAGCAGUAUUGGGGCCUGGACCCAGGGCAUCUGCGCUAAGCUAUAUCUUAACCCUCCCCCCUUUAUUUUUUAUUUUUGAGACAGGUUCUUGAUGGGUCACUCUUGCUCAGGCUAGGCUCCAAUUUGUGAUUCUCCAAUUUCAGGCUGCCAGAGUUCUGGGAUUACAGGAGUGUGCCAUCACACCUGGCUUGCUUCAUUUCUGGUUUUUGGUUUUUGGUGCUGGUUGGAACCCUAAGCCUCCAUCACUGAGUCACACCGUGUUGUGCUGUUUGCACCAUCUUGUCUCCUACCCUUCACCAGUUUAGGAGAUUGGUUCCCAUGUGUGCAGAGUGUAGGUGGCUAGUACGGCACCCAUACAGCUAGGACUUGAUUGGAAGGCCUGCUGACCCAGAGGUCUCAUUCUUUGGUCCCCAGAGAAAGUAAACUAAAGCAGUAGUAACACUUUUUCCAUGUUAUGUACCACUGUG